GGUGCGGGGCACACGUCCCCAGACGGGAGCAGAGGACAAGGACAGGGAGGAACGCGCCCAGAUCGCGCUCCGAGCCGACGAGGGGCUCGCGCCGGCCCCGGCGCGCGCUUGGGGAGCGGCCCCGGGGCGCCGUGGGAGCCGGCGGCAGCGAGGAUGCCGGCGCGGGGACGCGGCUGCCGGCUGGGGGUGUGAGCGUGAGGCUGAGCGCUGCCCGCCGGCGCCACCAUCCGCGCCUCCCCCUCCCUGCCGGCCUCGGAGGAAGCCCCCCGCGCCGCGCGGAGGCGCCUCGGAACCCGGGCUUCGGGGCAGCGGGCCCGCGCGGCCGGCCCCGGCCCAGCGAGAGGGAGAAGAUGCCUUUCCACCAUGUGACCGCUGGCCUGUUGUACAAGGGGAAUUACCUCAACCGCUCUCUCUCUGCUGGCAGCGACAGCGAGCAGCUUGCUAACAUCUCCGUGGAGGAGCUAGAUGAAAUCCGAGAGGCCUUUCGGGUUCUGGACCGAGAUGGGAAUGGCUUCAUCUCCAAGCAGGAGCUGGGAAUGGCCAUGCGCUCUUUGGGGUACAUGCCGAGUGAGGUGGAGCUGGCCAUCAUCAUGCAGCGCCUGGACAUGGACGGGGAUGGCCAGGUGGAUUUUGAUGAAUUCAUGACAAUUCUUGGCCCCAAAUUGGUGUCUUCAGAAGGUCGUGAUGGUUUUCUUGGAAACACAAUAGAUAGCAUAUUCUGGCAGUUCGACAUGCAAAGGAUCACUCUGGAAGAGCUGAAGCACAUCCUCUAUCAUGCCUUCCGGGACCACCUAACAAUGAAGGACAUUGAGAACAUCAUCAUCAAUGAGGAAGAGAGCCUGAAUGAGACCUCGGGGAACUGCCAAACGGAGUUUGAAGGCGUGCAUUCCCAGAAACAGAACAGACAGACCUGCGUCCGGAAGAGCCUCAUCUGCGCCUUUGCCAUGGCCUUCAUCAUAAGCGUCAUGCUGAUCGCUGCCAACCAGAUCCUUCGGAGCGGCAUGGAGUAGCAGCCUCCCCCCACCAUGCUGCGUUCCCAGCUCACUGCGCAUGCGCAUGCCCUGCGGGCAGACUCUGUUCCUCCGCGAAAGCAGAUAUGAACGAUGCAGAACAUGGCACAGUUCAGUGAAGAACCCAAGGUUGCAGUGCGACCGGUGUUGCAAAUCAACUUCAUCUUCUUGGCAGGGACACAAAAGGGCUGUCUUAAAUGCUUUAAUGGUUUUGUUUCCUAAUGCAAUAAAUAGCCAGGAGUUCCGAAUGAUUGCUUCAACCACCUGCA